AUGCUGGAAGAUCUAAUCCCAGAACAACAACACAAUGCUAAAACGACACAAACUCCUAAUGGUAAAGACACAGUUAUGGAACAUCUUGAAGAAAACAAGACAAUUACACCAAGCUCACAACAGCUCUUGAGCUCCCAAACAAUGGAGGAUCACCAAAACAAGUCUGAACAUGGUAAUGGCAAACAAGACCAUAAAAAUACCUUCUUAUCCAAGCUGCAAGAAAACCUAGACACUAUUCAAACCAAAAACCAAAUAACAGUGCAAAAAUCUAUCCUUGGCUUUGAUACUUCGAACGAAACUGAAAACAACUUUGACUCGGACAAUUUCAUACCCAUAACUUCGGAAGAUAAGGAACGAAUAUACAAAAAUUGGGAAAAUGCUCUAAUAAUCAAAAUAUUUGGUAGACGAGUAACUUACCAAUUCCUACAACAAAAAAUACAUGCUAUAUGGAGACCAACCGAGCACUUACCACUGAUCGACCUGGGUUAUGAUUAUUACCUCAUAAAAUUUACUAGAUCGGAAAACUAUGACAAAGCACUACACGGGGGACCUUGGUUCAUCGGAAACCAAUUCCUCACUGUAAGGAAAUGGGAGCCCAGGUUCAUCGCCUCAACAACAUCACUAACCUUCUCAGCAGUCUGGGCCAGAUUACCAGAGCUCCCAGCAGAGUUCUACGACUAUGAGAUUCUUCACAAAAUAGGAAACAAAUUAGGAAAACUUCUUAGGAUCGACGCGUGCACCACCUCAACCACUAGAG